GUUUGAAUGAGAAGUAGCCGUAGAUCGUAUUAGGUGUUGACGAAGGUGGUCGCAAAGACAAAACACCACGCAGGUAGUUUUACGCACUACUACUAUCACUAUCAUCUACUUGUUCAACGACGUAGAAGUUGCAAGUCUGUGCAAAAAAACGCUUGUCGACCCAUAUGCCAGAGUUGUUGUCCGCGUCCGCCGUCGCGCCCACGACCAUGCCGGCUGGCCAAGCAGCUCGGGACCGAUCCGGAAGCCCGGACCGGGACGCGCGAGUGGGACGGAAAAGCGAAAAUUUGGCCUCAAGUACAACUAGACCAGUCACGCAGCUGCACCCGCAGUUGCACCACCCGUAUGGAAGCCUCAGGUUGGAAAUGCUCAAAGUUGAAAUGAUUUGUAAUGCAUGAAAUGCGACGCAUAGAGUGCCUGUAUUGCAGAGCACGCAAUUGGGGCUGACUAUUGUCCUGCUACGGGUUAAGGAUUGGGCUGCUGACUAGCAUGACAGAAGGGCACCCCUUUGCACUGAACAGCAUGACAGACACGCUUUAGGUGCCCCAGAAAUUUGUCAUGCGGCGACUAGAAAUGGGGCGCCAACCGGAGUCGUUUUUUUGCAUUACAAAUUAUUUCAACUUUGACAAUUUCCAACCUGAGGCUUUCAUAACUCGAACGCCCGCGCGUGGCACGAGCCCACCAUUGACGCAAAGCACUUGGUGUACCCGAUCUUUGUGCACAACGGCAACAGCGACGUCGACAUCGCGGGGUUUUCUCCCAACAAACGGUGGGGUCGUGGCGCUCAGUCGAGUUCUUCAAGAAGCCCGUUUUCCUCUCUGGUCUCCCACCUGCGGUAUUUAGUGGAGAAGUGCCAGCUGAAGGCGGUUACGCAUUUCAAAAGUGCCACAAGACAUAGUAGUACUCGUAGAACUGAAAAAUUGCAUUAUUGCAUGACAGAUCGCGUCUUCUCUGACCAGAAGCAGAAUCUGCACGACAAGUUACCGUUUUUGUUUUUUGCAGAAACAUUUCCAUUUGUAAUGCUACCUGGACUACUAUGUUUCCAAUGCGGCACUUUUGUAUUGUAUAGCCGUGAUGCUCUUCGGGGUGGUUCCUGACGGCGAGAAAAAUUGCACCGGGGACGCCGCGGCGGAGGUUUUUUCCAAGACGGAAAAUCCGGUGGAACGCUGUUUGCAAACUCUGAAAGCAACUUUCGGCGACCACCUUCUUCUGAUGGCGGACGUGUGCCUCUGUGAAUACACGGACCACGGGCACUGCGGAAUCUUGAAACCGAGAAACACACCAGAAACAAACGACUCUCCAAUUUGUCCCGCGGUUGUGACCUCCUCAGGUGGUAGCAAAAGCAGUGCGCCGUCAGACCCGACGGUGAUCGACCUGGAAAAGACGACCAACAGACUCGCGGAGAUUGCCCUUUCCUACGCCACGCACGGGUGCGAUUUUGUGUGUCCCAGCGACAUGAUGGACGGGCGAGUGGUGAAAAUUCGGCAGAAACUGAACGAAGGGGGAUUUUCCCACGUGGGAAUUCUGUCGUACACCAGCAAGAAAGCCAGUACCAGCCUGUACAACCCCUUUCGCAAUGCGGUGGCCAGUUGUUUCAAGGGCGACCGCAAGCGGUACCAGCAACCCGUUGGGGCCUUCAAAUUAGCGCAGAAAUCCUUCCAGCGGGACAUCGCCGAGGGAGCGGACAUUGUGUUGGUCAAGCCCUCUUUAUUCUAUGCCGACAUCAUAAAAUCCUACGCGGAAAAGGAAGUCUCCCUCGUGGCGGCCUACGUGGUCUCCGGCGAGUACAUAUCGUAUUCAAAAACGUCCCCACGACCACAUAGUUGUAUAUGCAAAUCUGCAUGCUGAAAAUGUUCCUCAUGCGGAGCCCCAUGAGAAGCAUUUUCUAGUCGUGUUUUGGAAUUUGUCAUGCUCCAAGCAGCAUGAGAUACUAGAUCUGUGAUGCUGCUGAACUACCUCAAACAGCACUACAAUACGAGUCCAAAUUUGUCAUGCAAAACAGCCAAAGCGUGUGGAUUUGUCUAGCCGAUUCCCCAUAUUGACUAUGGUGUGGGGACGUUUUUACAUAGGAUAGUACAAGAUGCUCUUCGACUACGGGACGGCUUGCGACUGCUUGAAGGACGUGGUUCUGGAGGCGCAUGUGUCCUUGUUGCGUGCCGGCGCGGACAUACUCAUCACCUACUACACGCCCCAGAUUCUGAUGGACCGGUUUGAUCUCAAGUCGGAUUUUGAUUGGGCGGGUACUACUUAAAGGAGCGUGCUGACCUGAUUUAUUUUCAGGAGUAGCUGCAAGUGGUUCUUGUGGCUUUUUGCACCUGGACCUGUCUAAUAAUUGUUUUUCACCUUCAAGUAGAACGAGAAAGACUCUACUUAACGUACAGCAUCUCCACCUGCACCAGGAGGCCUGUAGUUGUACCUUCUUGGCAAUCUUCUUCUGGAGACUUCUGCAUCAAGAGACCGAUACGGAAGAAAGUGAUUGAACAAGAUCGGAAUGUUUUGUUCUUUGACAAGACGUGGGAAAAGAAAGAAAAAGCGCAAGGAAUACUAUUCGAUAGUACGCAGAGCAGGCGUUUUUGUCUCCAU